CUCGCGAGAGGGACGGGAGUUGCCCUCCCUGGAAGGAAUGGGAGUGUGACGGGGACCUGGAGGAGGGGCCAGUGAACUAGGACUCAUGGAGCGUAGUUCUGCCUCUGAGCCCUGCCAUGGCUGGUUCCAGAAGAUCUCUGACUGUGUCUGAGGUUCCUGGUUCUCAGAAGUCACCUGCCACCCUGGGGGUGUUCAAGAAGGCAGGACUGGGACCCGGCUGCCGAUGCCGUGGGAGGUCCCUGGGGAUGGAGAUCAGCCGGGCUGGCAACGGCACAGAGAGAGGAAGAGUGACAGCACCCUCAAGAGAGUUUCGAUGCUGUGAGUCCCACUCCCCUCUGCCCCCAGCCAGCCCCGGACCAUGGGCACACACGUGCCUGGCAUAUCAGAGAGGAGAUGGGCUGGCCAUGAAGAUCAAGCAAGAGAAGCUGCAGUGGCCCGUGCCGCCGCUUGGGCUUUCGGAGAAGGAUAAGGAAAACAUCUUCCAGCAGCAUAGGGGCCUCCCGCCAUGCCAGACCAUGGGGAGGCCUCGAGCCUCGGGGGGACAGGAGGAGACUGGGGGUCCAAAGUGGACUCCUCCCGCUGAGCAGGAUGCGGGGCUGGCAGGCCGGGCUCCCGGGGCAGCCCCUGGCCCCCUGAGCCCGGCGCUCUCUGCCAGCGAAGGCCACUUUGUGUGCCUGGACUGCGGGAAGAGGUUCAGCUGGUGGUCGUCCUUGAAGAUCCACCAGCGCACCCACACCGGGGAGAAGCCAUACCUCUGCGGCAAGUGCGGGAAGAGCUUCAGUCAGAAGCCGAACCUAGCGCGCCACCAGCGGCACCACACGGGCGAGCGGCCCUUCUGCUGUCCCGAGUGCGCGAGGCGCUUCAGCCAGAAGCAGCACCUGCUCAAGCACCAGAAGACCCACGCCCGGCCCGCCACCCACUCGUGCCCCGAGUGCGCGCGCUGCUUUCGCCACCAGGUGGGCCCCGAGUGCGGCCGCCGCUUCAGCCAGAAGCCCAACUUGACGCGGCACCGGCGCAACCACACGGGCGAGCGGCCCUACCUGUGCUCCGCCUGCGGCCGCGGCUUCCGCCAGAAGCAGCACCUGCUCAAGCACCUGCGCGUCCACCGCGGAGCGCCGGCGCCCAGCCCCAAGGACGAGGCGCGAUCUGAAUUCCAGAAGAAGCCUGAAUUGGGGUGCCUGGAAAGGUCCCAGGGUGCUGAGGACCGAGGGAGAAGGAGAGAUCUGAAGGUCGUCCUGGCAGGUGUAACUUUGGUGACAGGAAGUGGAGAGCGAGAAAGUGUGGUUUUCCUGCGCGUGGAGGGACAGCAGUGGUCAGGACGGCUUGCCAUCAAAGCCACGGGAACACUAAAUAUAGCCCUGGGCAAACUCUACCCUGGAUUGCAGCUGGAAGCUCCCAUGACCGAGCUGGCGUCCUCCGGGGACGGGUCCCCUGCAGGGGACGGGGAGGAGGGCCUGGGAGACGAGCGCGGCCUGGUCAUCCACCACCCGACCGAGGAGCAGCCCCACCGCUGCCCACUGUGCGGCCAGACCUUCUCGCAGCAGCCCAGCCUGGUGCGGCACCAGAAAGCGCACGCCGGGGCGGGCCGCGCGGCCGCCUUCGUGUGCCCCGAGUGCGGCAAGGCCUUCAGCGUCAAGCACAACCUCGAGGUGCACCAGCGCACGCACACCGGGGAGCGGCCCUUCCCCUGCCCCGAGUGCGGCCGCUGCUUCAGCCUCAAGCAGAACCUGCUCACGCACCAGCGCAUCCACAGCGGCGAGAAGCCGCACCAGUGCGCGCAGUGCGGCCGCUGCUGCCGGGAGCCGCGCUUCCUGCUCAACCACCAGCGCACCCACGCGCGCAUGCCCGCGCCGCACCCGCGCCGUCCCGGCGUCUUUGGGGAGCGGCGGCCCUACUUCUGCCCGCGCUGCGGCAAGAGCUUCGCGCGCGAGGGCUCGCUCAAGACCCACCAGCGCAGCCACGGCCACGGCCCGGAGGCUCAGGCAACCCAUUUAGGCCGCGUGCUUUGACACCCUGGAGCUGGUGCGGGGCCACGGCCCCCUCUCUGGAUCCGACACCGGGAGAGGGGGCGGACAGGUUUGGGGUCUUGAAGGUGGGGCUGCUGCCAGGCCCAGGCCGCUCCCUUCCCGCACUACCC